AUGUCGACAGGGUUUACGCGGCAGAGGCCAAUAAUCACGGCUCGGCCUCCUUCAAUGGAGGCCAGUCGUCGACGCAUCGAGACCACAUUGGCGAUAGAGCGCAAUUGCAAUGCCAUCGACAUCGACGACAACGCCAUUAAGCGUGGAAAAUAUCCCAGAAGAAAACUUCUCGCCAUAGUCACAUUGGUAUUCUUUUUCGUGUAUGUUAUAACGAGGUCUUCGCAACCUUCAAGCUCCGAUACACUUGAAAGAAAGUGUAGCAUCGAGCGAUUGAAGUAUUGGAGCCAAGCAUUGACGGAAUUUGAUGCUGGGUCUGGAUCAAAUGCUGUUAAAUUUGUCGGAAAUGGUUUCAUUGGAGUAGACGCAAAUGGACAACUUAAAAUGAAAGAUCCAAAUACAACUCUUUUGGACUUCGAAACCGGAUUUUAUCCAACAAUAAUGAUUGGAGUCGAAUCGACUCCAUUGAUUGAUACUACCGUGUUAACCGACUUCAAAAGCGGUUCUCUAAAAACGAUAAAAUGCUUCACAAUUGAUGGUGAAUGUGCCUGCACAAUUUCAACAAUUUAUACUCAUCGAACACGACCAAACCUGUUCGUACAAACGAUUGAAGUAUCAAACCCAACGAGAUCAACUGUUCGAAUUACAUUGGAACGAUCUAAUUCUCCGAACUGGAUUUCGUCAAAAAUUGGUGAAGUGAGCACGUUUGAAAGGAAAAUUGGAAACGAUUCACACAUUGUGGUAUGCUCCGACGUUCCUGGAAAAAUUUCAGUCCCACAAAAACGGGAAGAGACGUUGCGGUUUGUAUGCGCAGUAAAUUCACAAGAUAGUCGAAAUAUUGGAGAGUUGAAGACUGAAACCUUGAAAAUAUUCUCUACUGCUCGCACAAUAAAAGAUUUGGAUCUGGAGCAUAUGAAUGGAUGGGAACAUCUCAACAGGGCAUUCUUCAGGGUAGCAACUUCAAAAGCGCCGAAUACUUUGAAUGGAGAUCGUAUUAAUGCGACUCGUUACAUUUUACAAAGUAAUAUUCGUGCUCUCACAAUUGAAAAAGGAAGUAAUCCGGAGAUAAUGAAGAAUUUGGAAGUUCUAGCUCGAAAAAGUGAACUAUGCUAUACUGGGCAUUCAAAUCUUUUUUAUCCUUCAAGACUUUGGCAAGAAUGGGACACUCCAAAUAAUAUCUCCAUGCUUGCUAAAUCAUGGAUGUUAACGUUCGAAAAGCGCGGAUGUCACAAUCUUAUCAAAACUGGAGCCGUUGGUGUAACCCAGGCAUUUGUUCAAUCGCUAUCAGCUUCAUCCUAUCAUGAUUCCCAUCUUGAAGUUGCGUUAGAUGCACACGAUCUUCACAGGGAAAUUUCAUUCGGUGGGAUUCCGGUGCACAGUGCAAUUGGAACAGUUGGUGCAAUCAACGUUGAUAUAAAAAUCGAUGAUGAAAAUAGGCCAUAUUUUAUUGUUACUUCAACCAACCAGCUUUACGCUUGUGAUGGCGGUUGCUUAGAUAGUCCAGUUAGCCUUGGAAAGAUACCAACAAAAAUUCCGGUCAAGGUGACAAAGCCAGUGACAAGCUUGUUGUAUAUUGCGACAAACCGAAAACAUUUGGAAAUCCUCAAAUCCGCCAUUCAUGUUUCUGAGGUUGGAUCAGCCCCAGCGCACGAGGAUGACGUCAUUGAGCUUCAUCGCUCUGGUGGCGCUUCAAGUGGAAUGCCAACGAUGUCGGCCGAACAAAGACGCUUCGAACUUGAGCGUAAAAAGCAGAAGCUGGCUGAGAUGCGUUCACAGCGUCAGAAGGCGCAUGAGCAUCGCACUCAAGAGCUUCUAAAAGCACCACUGGAAAACGGAAAUGCUGCACAACGGCAAACUUUAUCAUCGGAUCAAGUGGAAGAACUGUUACGAGAAGUCGGAAUCCAAUCAGAACCGAAUUUAAAACAAGAAGAAGCAAAAGAAAAUCAUCAGGAUAAUUUUGCGCAGCCACAAGCCCCCGCAGCACAUCAUCCUCGAAUUUCUUCAUUGAUGGUUGAUCUGGAGUUCUCGCCUGUUCAGACCUUCACCACCGACAACAAAGAACAGACAAUUUACUCAAAGGGAACUCAGACGGAUGAUGAGCGGAUUUCCGUUGGUGAAUUCAGCUUGGGAAGCCAAGAAUUCGAUUAUGAUGAUGAUAUGAUUAUGCCAAUGGAUCAUCAGUUCAGAGGUCGAACGCAUUCUCAUGAUCAAGAAUCUCCUCUACCUAUCAGUGAGGAAAUCGCUAAACUUCUUCCUGGAUAUCAGGCUCCAAAGCUUAGUGAGAAACAGCAAAGUGUGACUGAAGAGAAACCUCCUCAAGUCACUAUUUUGAGCGAAGAAGAAAGAGUUCGACUUACACUUGAUCCUGAUUUUUUGGAUAGUUUCCAACGAUCCGCCAAAGUAAUUGAGCGCGCUCUGAAUGAGGAAAUUGAUGUGACAAUAAAUUAUACAAAAGAUCCUUAUAUGAAGGAUGUCGCUUCGGAUGAUCUCCUUCAUUUGGCAAAAGUCUACUACGACGAGACCUGGACUGCCAAACGUUUGGUCACUGACAUGACAUUCUCCGAGAAUUAUCCCGAUCUUAUGGCCGUUUCUUACGGGGAGUGCGAUACUCCCAACAAACCACCAGGUGUUGUCGUUGUCUGGAAUACUAAAUCGAAACGGGUUACCGCUGAAUUCAUCGUCUACUGCCAGUCCGAGAUUCGCUCAGUUGCCUUCGCCAGAUUCCAUGCUCACUUAUUGCUCGCUGGAUGUGAAUCAGGACAAAUUUGUGUUUGGGACAAUAGAUUAACUAGCCGAAAGCUUCCAAUUAAUCGGAGUCCAUUAUCGACACAAGCGCACACACAACCGGUGUCGUGUCUCGCCGUCGUUGGAACGAGAAACGCCCAUAACUUUGUGUCGAUUAGUCGCGACGGAAAGAUCUGCAGCUGGAAUGUUGAUAAUCUAACACAGCCUGUCGACGGAAAAGAAUUGCUUACAAAAGAGGGAAAAGUGGCUUUCGCCACGAAAAUGUCAUUUCCGGUUAAUGAAAUGCAAACUUUUGUUGUUGGAACGGAUAGCGGAGAAAUCUUGCUGGCCUCGAGAAAUGGCGCCGAUCCGAAUGUCAUUAAAGCUGAUGAUGCGUAUAAAGGACACAGUGCUCCAUUAACUGGAAUCGAAUUUCAUCGUGCGUCUGGUGUUGUCGAUUUUUCGCAUCUUUUCAUUUCCUCUUCGAAUGAUUGGACUAUUAAACUCUGGAGCACCAAGGAUCCGUCAUUGAAGUUCUCAUUUGAAUCGCAUCCCGACCUUGUCCUUGAUGUCGCCUGGUCCCCAGUCCAUCCUGCGGUCUUCGCAUCAAUUGAUGCUGAUGGAAACUUGUUCGUUUGGAAUUUGAACGAAGACGUCGAAGGCCCGGUUGCGAGACUUCGGCCUGGAGAAGGGGAAUCUGCGUAUAUGAAUAAACUUGUUUGGUCGCCAGAUGGCAAGAGAGUGUGUGUUGGAGACGACGAUGGUCGCGUUUUGAUGUAUGAUGUAAGGGAAAGCAUGUAUGUUCUCAAGAGCGAAGAAUGGAAUCGAUUUGCUAGAGUGCUUUCGGACAUGAAGGAAUCAAACGAGGAGGCAGAAAAAUAUAACUAA